UAUAAUAUGGUGACCAAGAACCUUCCUGGGUGUGGUCAGAACCCAGAAGACCACCUGGUUAACAUUAACGUUGGUGGUUUGAAGCAUAGUUUCCCUUCUAGCACACUACAGAGGUUUCCAGACACACGGCUAUGUCGCCUUUUGUCCUGUGACACAGCGGAAGCCAUUUUACAGGUUUGCGAUGACUAUGACAUUCAAGAGAAGGAAUUUUACUUUGACCGAAACCCUAAUCUCUUUCAUUAUGUCUUCCAUUUCUAUCAAACUGGAAAACUGCACAUCAUGGAAGAGCUGUGCAUCUUCUCCUUCUGCCAGGAGAUUGAGUACUGGGGCAUAAAUGAGUUCUUCUUGGAUAGUUGCUGUAGUUAUCUCUACCAUGAUCGCAGGUUAGAGAGCCAUCAUAAGUCCUGGGAUGAGGAAAGUGAUGUAAGCAGUGUGGACACUUCUGUGGAUGAGAUAUCUGAUCUUAACAAGGAUAUCCAACAUUUCCAGGACAUGCGUUUUGGUAAUAUACGUAAAUGCCUGUGGUUGACUUUGGAAAAUCCAGGAUAUUCCAUUCCAAGCAAGCUCUUCAGUUUGGUUUCCAUCAUUGUUGUGUUAAUGUCAAUUGCCACCAUGUGCAUCAACAGUAUCCCAGAGUACCAGAUUUAUGAUGAUAAUGGUCAGCUAAUUGAGGAUCCAACCAUGCAAGCUUUGGAGAUUUUUUGCAUCUGCUGGUUCACUUUUGAAGUGGUAAUGCGUAUGCUCCUUGCACCAAACCGUCGGAAGUUUUUCCUUCAUCCUCUAAACAUGAUUGACAUUGUUUCAGUGGUGCCUAUCUACAUCACUCUCAUUUUUGACCUACUUGCUGGUAGUGAUUCAGAGCUGGAAAACAUUGGAAAAAUAGUUCAGGUUCUUAGGCUCAUGAGGAUCUUCAGGGUGCUGAAGUUGGCCAGACACUCAACAGGCCUGAGGUCAUUAGGUGCUACAUUACGGCACAGUUACAGAGAGGUGGGCAUCCUUCUACUGUACCUGGCUGUAGGUGUAUCUGUCUUCUCUGGUGUGGCUUACACUGCAGAGUAUGAGGAGGAUGUCGGUUUGGACACCAUUCCUGCUUGCUGGUGGUGGGGUACAGUAAGUAUGACCACUGUUGGCUAUGGGGAUGUUGUGCCUGUCACAGUGGCUGGAAAGUUAGCAGCUUCGGGAUGUAUCUUGGGUGGCACAUUAGUAGUGGCCUUACCCAUUACCAUCAUCUUCAACAAGUUCUCGCAUUUCUACCGCAAACAGAAGGCUCUGGAGGCUUCAGUGAGAAACAACAACAAGAAGGGACAUGAACGAGAGAAGGAAGAAGGAUCUGAAGGUGAUAGCCACUGUUUGGAGGAUGAGGAACAGGAAGAGGAAAAAGAUGUGGAGAAUGAAGGAGGGGUUGUAAAUUACAGUUAUGUACAUAAUCUGCUUUCAGCAUCUUCUACACAGUUUGAGAUGAGUGAUCCAUUUGCAAGAGGAAAAGAACUUGAUCAUCUCUGAGACUUGCUUGUCCAUUAUCUCCAAUAGUACAAAAGCCAAGACAGUAUAUAACUCUAGUUCAUACCCUUAAUCAUACAUGAACAUAUAUAAUUCUCCUUUUGUUAAUUUGUAUGUAUGCAUAUUCAAUUCGGUUCAAUUCAAUUAAAUUUUAUUUGUAUACCACUUUCAGCAAUGGACAUUGUCAGAAAGCAGCUUUAUAGAAAUAUAUAAAUUCUGGAUAUAAAAUUCCGGAUAAUAAAUUUAUAAAUUGAUCCAUAUA